AUGUUUUAUUACUCUCUUACCGUAAUAUUAUUAAUUAUUAUUGGAAUCGUACGUACACAAACGGAAAGUACAAAAUGGGUUUGGGGUAAUGGUAAAAGCAUCGUCGUUAACGGAAAUAGAAAAUAUAACGAACAACUUGUGGCGUCAUCAUUGUUUAAACCUAGCACGACGUACAACGAUGAUUUUCAGCCUAACGAAAGAAAAUUCAGGUACGACGUAACCGAAGAAUACCCGGAUGUGGAAUAUAACACAUAUAGACCCAAUCAACAGUACAGACCGGAACAACCGCAAAAUGUUUAUCGUCCCCCCUACAGGCCACCACCGAGACCGGAUUACGUCAAACCAUCAAAUUCGUAA